AUGAAAGUUCCAAUCAGAAAUUAUAGAUUAAUUUAUGAAAUUAUACCACUAUCUUGUAAUUAUCCACUGCAAAGAUAUGUUAAAUAUACAAAAUUCGCGUCAUCUUGGACCAAAUCUAGCAAGUCAAUUAAGUAUAACACUGAGUUUAGAAAAGAGGUAACUGAAGAUAUGAAUAUACAAACUACACCAGAAUAUAUAAAAUACGAAGAUCUUCAUUUGGAAGCAGAUAAUAUGACAUCAUCAGAUCUAGUAAAGUGUACCAAAAAUAUUAAGACAACCCUUACGUUAUUACAGCGAAUUGCGAAGUUAGAAAAUCGUCAAGAAGAUUUGGAGAGCUUUACUCGUAAUAGAUGCAUUGAUGGAGAAUCAAUAUGUGUUGAAAGAGAUGUUUAUAUAACUAAAUCAGAGCUACUAGAACUUUUAUGGAAAAAUGGAUAUUCUGAAGAAGAAAUUCAAGUUUUUAAAACGAAUUAUUCUGAUGAUUACAAGUUUCACUACCCAGAAUUAGCUAUUUUAUUCAAUGAUCACGAAGAAAUUUUUUUUAAAUUCUGCCUUUACUAUCGUAUUAAAAAGAAAAAGCUUAAUGGAGAAGCUCCACUAGUAGCUACAUUGAGAAAAUCUCCAAAACUUCUUAAUUGGAUAUUAGGAUUCGGAUUUACUUUUUCUUUUUUAUGGAGUGCAUUACAAAAUGGUAUAAUGUCUAAUUAUUUCUUUUUUAGCAAGACACUUCCUUUCUUUAGUGUUAUAUAUUUGACAGGUUUGUACUUACAACAUAAUUAUUUAAUUCCUAAGUAUAGAAAUAAAAAAAAGGAACUUAAAGAGAAAAUUGAUGAUAUUAUAAACUGGGAAAAAAAUGCACUUUUUGACCAAAUACAAGUGUAUAGUAAGGAUUUUGAGUGCUUAGAAGUUCUUGAAAAUUUAAAACCUAUAAUAAUAGAAUCGUUAAUUCAAUAUAGAAAAUCCAUGUUAAUUAAAGCUCAUAAUAAACUUACUAUGAAGUAUUUAAGACAUCUAAAUUUGUUGGCAGAUUUAGAAAAAAGUAGGUAUCAAGAGAAGCUUGAGCAAAUAAAUCAAAAUCUAUUGGCAAAGAUUUUUCAAAAUUUGAACCCUAACUUUUGUAAAGAUAAUGAAAAUUCUUUAAUAGAUGAAUGUACUGAUUAUGCAAUAAAUAUUCUUGAAGCAAGUCAAGAUCCUAAUUUUAAAUUGCAAUAUAAGCAACACCCAAUAAUUAAGUUGGCUUCUACUCUGGUAGGCAGUGUGAUAAAAGAUGUGGAGAAUCUACAGGUUAAAAAUUCAAAGUCUGUUACUAUGGUUACUUUAGAUCAAGUAAAACAAGUCAAAAAUAUUAUUAAGGAUGCAAAUUCUCCAGAUGAUCUUGUAAAUUGCGAUCUUGAUAAACUGGAGGAACUUUAUCAAACAAUUUCAGAGUGUACAGGAUGCUAUUUAAUUCAUGAACGUGAUUUAACAGAAAACACUCAAGUGGAUUUUUUAAGUUCUAUAAGUCAGUGGUCACAGUAUAUUAUAGAUAUAGAUGGUAUAAAUGAUGAACUUACAAAAAUAGAUGAAGAUUAUCGACAAUCAAUUCAAAAAUUUAAAUUGAGACGCUUAUACACGUUUGCAAAGGGUAUUAUUGAAUCUUAUAAUAUAUUAUAUUGCAAGAAUUUGAAUUUAAAUGAAUAA